GGAUUUGUAUUAGUGGAUUCUGAUGGCGGGGCACUCGGGGGCAGGACACGCCUCGUGGCCUCUCCUCCAAUAGUCCCCUUCCCCAAUCUCGUCCACCAAACCCUAGCUCGCCCGCGCUCGCGCCCGCGCCGCCGCCAUGGACGUCGAGGCGGAGAUCGCGCGCACGCAGGAGGAACGGCGCAAGAUGGAGGAGGCGCUGGCGGCCGGCGCGCCCAUGGCCGUCUCCUCCGUCACCUUCGACACCGACCUCUACGGCGGCGGGGGCGCCGACCCCAACCGCUUCGCCGGCUACGACACCUCCAUCCCGGCGUCCGAGGACGACGCCGCGGAGGAGGACACGGAGGCCGCCAACCCCGCGCCGCGCCGCCUCGCGGCCUACACGGGCCACGCCAUCGCCGCCGCCGACCUCCCGCGCUCGGCCGACGACGACGGGUUGCCCAAGAGGUCCCAGCGCAUCAUCGACCGCGAGGACGACUACCGGCGCCGCCGCCUCAACCAGAUCAUCUCGCCGGAGCGCCAUGACCCGUUCGCUGCCGGGGAGGCCACCCCGGACCCCUCGGUGCGGACCUACGCGGAUGUCAUGCGCGAUGCGGCGCUGCAGAAGAAGAAGGAGGACCUGCUGCGGGAGAUUGCGAAGAAGAAGAAGGAAGAGGAGGAGAAGGAGAAGGAGAACAAGGCUGCUGCUCCCGAGCAGCCUGCUGCCACCACGAAGCGGCGCAACAGGUGGGAUCAGUCGCAGGACAGCGAUGCUGGUUCUGGGGCCAAGAAGGCAAAGACAUCGUCGGACUGGGACGCCCCUGAUGCAACUCCUGGGAUUGGGCGUUGGGACGCAACACCUGGACGUGUUGGAGAUGCCACACCCUCUGUGAGAAGGAAUAGAUGGGAUGAGACGCCGACUCCAGGGAGGAUGGCUGAUGCUGAUGCAACGCCUGCAGCUGGUGGUGUUACCCCGGGUGCAACUCCUUCUGGGGCUUGGGAUGCUACUCCAAAGCUGCCUGGUGGUGUCACACCAACCCCUGGUAAGAAGCAGAGAUCAAGGUGGGAUGAGACGCCGGCGAGUAUGGGGAGUGCCACCCCUGGUAGUCUUGGUGCCGCGACACCUGCUGGCUAUACUCCUGGACCGACGCCAUUUGGUGCAGAGAACCUUGCCACGCCAACUCCUAGCCAGAUUGCUCGUGGCCCGAUGACUCCAGAGCAGUACCAGCUCAUGCGGUGGGAGCGGGACAUUGAGGAGAGGAACAGGCCUCUCACUGAUGAGGAGCUUGACGCCAUGUUCCCGCAGGAGGGGUACAAGAUUCUUGAGCCUCCAGCUUCCUACCAGCCUAUAAGGACCCCGGCAAGGAAGCUUCUUGCAACACCAACACCUCUGGGAACACCACUUUAUGCUAUUCCAGAAGAGAAUCGUGGGCAGCAUUUUGAUGUGCCCAAGGAGGUCGGUGGUUUACCGCUCAUGAAGCCAGAGGAUUACCAAUACUUUGGAACUUUGCUGAAUGAGGAAGAGGAGGAGCAGCUAUCGCCGGAGGAGCAGAAAGAGAGGAAAAUCAUGAAACUAUUGCUCAAAGUGAAGAAUGGCACACCCCCACAGCGUAAAACAGCACUUCGGCAGCUGACAGACAAAGCCCGGGAAUUCGGUGCUGGACCACUGUUCAACAAGAUCCUGCCCUUACUCAUGCAGCCAACAUUGGAGGACCAGGAGCGGCAUCUUCUGGUGAAGGUCAUUGAUAGGGUGCUAUAUAAGCUGGAUGAGCUGGUCCGUCCAUUUGUGCACAAGAUUCUUGUGGUUAUUGAGCCACUGCUGAUUGAUGAGGACUACUACGCUCGUGUUGAGGGCCGGGAGAUCAUCUCAAAUCUUAGCAAAGCAGCUGGUCUUGCCACUAUGAUUGCUGCCAUGCGGCCGGAUAUUGAUAACAUUGAUGAGUAUGUCAGAAACACCACUGCUAGGGCGUUCAGUGUGGUGGCAUCUGCUUUGGGUAUCCCCGCGCUCCUACCAUUCUUGAAGGCUGUCUGUCAGAGUAAGAAGUCUUGGCAGGCUCGGCACACUGGUAUCAAAAUCGUUCAGCAGAUUGCUAUUCUCAUGGGCUGCGCUGUUCUGCCACAUCUCAAGUCACUAGUUGAGAUCAUUGAGCAUGGUCUGAGCGAUGAGAACCAGAAAGUGCGGACCAUUACCGCCCUUUCUCUUGCUGCACUAGCUGAGGCUGCUGCACCCUACGGCAUAGAAAGCUUUGAUACUGUUUUGAAGCCUUUGUGGAAGGGUAUCAGAUCUCACCGUGGGAAGGUCCUUGCUGCCUUCUUGAAGGCCAUUGGUUUCAUCAUCCCUUUGAUGGACGCUCUGUAUGCUAGUUACUACACAAAGGAGGUGAUGCAGGUCCUUAUUAGGGAGUUCCAGUCACCAGAUGAAGAGAUGAAGAAGAUUGUCCUCAAGGUCGUGAAGCAGUGUGUCAGCACAGAGGGUGUGGAGGCUGAUUAUAUCCGGAAUGACAUCCUUCCUGAUUUCUUCAAGCACUUCUGGGUUAGGAGAAUGGCUCUAGAUCGUAGGAACUAUAAGCAACUUGUGGAGACUACAGUGGAGAUGGCGAAUAAGGUUGGAGUUGCUGAUAUUGUUGGGAGGGUUGUUGAGGAUCUGAAAGAUGAAAGCGAGCCCUACAGAAGAAUGGUGAUGGAAACAAUUGAGAAGGUGGUGGCCAACUUGGGCGCUUCAGAUAUUGAUGCUCGUCUAGAGGAGCUGCUUAUUGAUGGUAUUCUGUAUGCUUUCCAAGAGCAGACAAGUGAUGACGCAAAUGUUAUGCUUAAUGGUUUUGGAGCUGUGGUUAAUGCACUUGGACAGAGAGUUAAGCCUUACCUUCCUCAGAUUUGUGGUACCAUCAAGUGGCGUUUGAACAACAAGAGCGCAAAAGUUAGGCAGCAAGCUGCUGAUCUAAUCUCCAGGAUAGCCAUUGUCAUGAAGCAGUGCCAGGAGGAGCAGCUCAUGGGUCACUUGGGUGUUGUGCUGUAUGAGUACUUAGGAGAGGAGUAUCCUGAAGUGUUGGGUUCAAUUCUUGGAGCCUUGAAGGCUAUCGUCAAUGUCAUUGGUAUGACUAAAAUGACUCCCCCAAUCAAGGAUCUUCUUCCUCGUCUGACCCCCAUCUUGAAGAACAGGCAUGAGAAGGUCCAAGAGAACUGCAUUGAUCUUGUUGGUAGGAUUGCUGAUCGUGGAGCAGAAUUUGUGCCAGCAAGGGAAUGGAUGAGGAUUUGUUUUGAGCUGCUUGAAAUGUUGAAGGCUCACAAGAAGGGUAUUAGGAGAGCCACUGUGAACACAUUUGGUUAUAUUGCUAAGGCUAUUGGACCUCAGGAUGUGUUAGCAACCCUGUUGAAUAACUUGAAGGUGCAGGAGCGUCAAAACCGUGUUUGCACAACUGUAGCGAUUGCUAUAGUUGCUGAAACUUGCUCACCUUUCACAGUUUUGCCUGCCCUUAUGAACGAGUACCGGGUCCCAGAGCUCAACGUCCAAAAUGGUGUCCUGAAGUCCCUCUCUUUCCUGUUUGAGUAUAUAGGUGAAAUGGGCAAAGAUUACAUAUAUGCUGUCACUCCCUUACUUGAAGAUGCCCUCAUGGAUAGAGAUCUGGUUCACCGGCAGACUGCUGCCUCUGCUGUUAAGCACAUGGCUCUAGGCGUUGCUGGCUUGGGAUGUGAGGAUGCUCUUGUCCAUCUGCUCAACUAUGUGUGGCCCAACAUUUUUGAGACAUCUCCCCACGUCAUAAAUGCUGUCAUGGAGGCGAUUGAGGGGAUGAGGGUUGCACUAGGUGCAGCUGUGAUUUUGAAUUAUUGCCUGCAAGGUCUCUUCCAUCCAGCAAGGAAAGUGCGAGAAGUGUAUUGGAAGAUCUACAACUCUCUAUACAUUGGUGCACAGGAUGCGCUUGUUGCUUCAUAUCCUGCACUGGAGGAUGAUGGGGAUAACAUCUUUAGCCGGCCCGAGCUGGCAAUGUUUGUCUGAUUAACAUAACCCUUGGGUGAUUAUUGCUGUGGUGUUUACUUAAAACGAUGAUACUAUUCGUAUGACAUCUUUCAUUGUUCUGUGAGCUGUCAAGGCUAUCUAGAUAUGUGCAUCACUAGCUGGCCCUAGUCUGUAGGCAGCGCGUUUGGCACCGAAGUGUUGUUAACGACUGAGCAGUGCUGUAGCAAGCAGUAAUUGGUCACUGUCGUGUUCCUUCUUUUCAUCUUGUUUUUCCUGAUGUCUUUCUGCAAAAGAAGGAUCUGAUGUGCAAACGCAUUGGCAGGCUGGAUGUACUUGUCCAUAUGUCGUCAUCCAUAUGCAUGUGAAGCUUGAACUGGGUGGUAUUUGAGUUGGAGCUUCUACUUAAAUUACUUGGUGUUACAUCUUGUGAUGCAUGUUAUUGAAGUUGCAUCUUCUUUUUUUUGUAUUUGCAGGAUUGUUCCUUCUGAAGGGGGUGCAAUGUUCAGGAAUUAUUUUUCCUGGUUUACUAUAAUUUAGUGCUGAAUUGCUGACACAAUCUGACCUACUGACCAUUUGGGAAAUGCUUUGUUUUCAGGGCACUUUGGGUCAAGCUGCUGAAGAGUUGCACCUGGAUUUAGGACCAGUCCUAGGCGCAGAGUCCCUGUGGCAUGUUUAGUUUACAUUAUGAUCCUAUACAUCCUGAAGGAGAAAUGACAAUGCUAGUUUGCUGUCGUCUUGUUAUGAAUAUUAAGGCAUUGUGUUCUUAAACUUUGUAUUUGCCCCCAGGAUGUUAUAUACUUAGUAAUAUGCUGUGAACCAUGGAGAUCGCGAGCUCCUUCCUGUUUUUUGUUCCCUCGCUGUUUUGUUAGAGGACAUGAGAUGUCUGGUACAUGUCUGCUACAAACUUUUUUCUCGAACACUGCCUGAUACAAACUGGAGAAGUUGUUUGGCGUU